CCUGAGACCUAUAAGGCGGGGGCGGGGAGGGGGACACCAGGCGUCAAGCUUGGUGCCAUCUUGUGCUCUGGCGCUCUUCUAAGAGCCGUGGGAGGAACGGCCUGGCUGGCGCUUCUUUUUUGACCUUCAGAAACACAAGGGUAGGAGCUUUAUCCGUGACAUUGGAAACUUUCUUCAUGAUCCUGUUGAGCAAGUAUUGAAGAGGCAGGUGAAAGAGACUGACACCCCCAGAACAGGUUAUUCUGUCUACGUGAUCAAGAAUCUUUCCCAAAGUAGUGCACUUUGGUAAUCACAUAGGACCUACGAAUUUACGUAAAAUGGAUUCCACAUCUCUGUUACCAAUGUUUUUAGACAUGGAUCUGACAAUAUCACAUAUAGAAUGUUUUCCUAAGGACGUUCUAGUGAAAUUUCAAGGCAGAAAUAAUACUGAAUGUGAGUUUGACUACCACAUAUUACAGAGGGAAAUUCAGCAUAUUCCAAAAGUAAAAGCUAAUGUGGACAUUGAUGAAUUUUGUUUGGUGGAAGAAAGAGUAUCUGGAGAAUGGCAGAGAGGAAGAGUCAUGGAAAAGAAAAAUGAACUCUAUACAGUGCUCCUCAUAGAUCACGGAGAAGAACUAAGAGUUGAUAGUACACAGGUUGCUUCAGCCUGUGGCAACUUAUUUGAGCUACCACCACGGGUAAUAUUUGGUAUUUUUGCCAACAUACUACCAAAUGGGGAAAGAUGGCCUCUUAAAGCUUUGAAUUAUUUUAAGUCAUUAGUUGGACUACAAGUGAAAGGUUGUGUACAAGCUGUGUUGCCUUUUCAAAGGACUCUUCUAGAAGUACCAAAAAUUAUAUCCCAGGUUCUUGAGUUACAAUUAGGCAGACUUAUUGAUGGGGAUUCAUUUCGUCUUAUUGUGGAAAUGUUAAAAGAAUUCCCACAAGAAAUGCCCGAUUUACUACAACAUAGAAGACCUGAAUUGUUAAGUAAGAAUGAUCCUCCAGUUGAUGUUCAACAUGUUCUGGAUAAUUUGCAGCCAUCUUUGUCAGUAGGCAGUAUUGAAAGUAUAAAGGUAUCCUCUGCAUUGAGCCCAAGUAAAUUUUAUUGUCAACUAAUUAAAUGGAUUCCAGAGUUAGAAAAUUUAACAGCGUGUAUGACUUUGCAUUAUGAUGCUAUCGGUCAAGUAAGUAGUCCCACAUGUGAUAACUUUGGACUACUUUGUGUUGCCAAAAGAAGAAAUGGACAGUGGUAUAGAGGAAUUCUUCAGCAGCUCUUGCCCAAUAAUCAGGUGAAAAUUUGGUUCAUGGAUUAUGGCAGUACUGAGGCUAUACCUUCAAUCCACGUAAAGAAACUUAAACAGGAUUUUAUUUUAGUACCAUUAUUUUCAUUUCCAUGUUCUCUGACAUAUUUAAACAGUCCAGAUAGAGAUGCCAGAAAAUCUCAAUUGAGUGUAUUUAAACAAGCCUUGUUAGGACAAACAGUAUAUGCACACAUUGAUUGGUUCAAUAAAGAUGAACAUUUGUUUUAUGUAACACUACAAACUCAGGAGUCUACAAUUAAUUCUAAGUGUCUGCUGAAGACUAUAGGCACACAAGUAAUCUGUCCAGUGUCUGAAUCAAAAAUCUCUAGUAUGUUUAAAGAGAAUAGUGCUGCUGAUGUAAAUGGCUUUGCAGUUGAGCAUUUUGUUGGAAAUACUGAAUUGUCAAUAGACUAUCUAAAUAAAAACUCUUUGAAAGUAGGUUUUCCUAUUAAAACUGUAGAGAUGGAGAUAGAGGCUGCCUAUAUAGCUUUUGUAGUAUAUGUAUUAAACCCAUCAAAUUUCUGGGUACGUACUAAUGAACAUCAGAAUGAACUUCAAGAUAUAAUGAAAAAUAUAAACAAAUUUUAUGAUUUGUGUGAAAAUAGUGAACUGAUUCUAAGAAAUCCAGAACCUGGAUUAUUUUGUUGUGCUAGAUACAGCAAGGAUGGACAUUUUUACAGAGCUGUCAUCACUGAAAUUAAUGGCUGUAAGAUUAAUGUUUAUUUUUUAGAUUAUGGAAAUACUGAUUCCAUACCAUUUUUUGAUGUAAAAGUUUUGCUUCCAGAGUUUUGUGACUUGCCUGCCUUAGCCAUGUGCUGUUCACUUGCACAUAUAUUUCCUAUUGAAGAUUUAUGGGUGAAGGCAGCAAUUGACUAUUUUAAAAAAAUUGUCUUGAACAAAGAAAUUUUGCUGCAGGUUCUAGCAAAAAAAGAUGACAAAUACAUUGUAAAUAUUCAGAGUAUUGAAGCCUCAGAAAUUAUUGAUGUUGUCCCUCUUAUGUUACAAGCUGGAUAUGCAGAAUAUUGGGAAGUAGAGCCAGAGUGUUAUCCCAAAUCUGCAAGUGAAUAUUCAGUGUUAAAUUUAAAAUUUAAAAACAAAGUUAAUAUUAAAGUCCUAUCUGCCUUUCUUGAAGGACCUAAACUUUACCAUUCAAAUAAGCUAAAAGAAAGUAGCUUGUCUUUGGUAAAAACCCCAGCUGUUAAUUUCUCAGACUUAAAAAGUCCUUUCACCUUGUCUGUGGGGACUGAGUCACCACGACCUUAUAAAGAAUAUAUGUUUAAACCAGGAACAGUCCUUGAAGUUAAGUGUUCUUCUUAUUGUGGCCCAGGUGACUUCUCAUGCCAGCUUCAAUGUAAGGUAGAAGACCUAAAAGUACUAAUGGAACAAAUUCAGAAUUACUAUAGCAUUCAUUCAGAUCCUUAUCAGAUUGGGCAGAUUGCUUGUGUUGCUAAGUAUUCCAAAGAUGGGAAGUGGUAUAGAGCUGCUGUUUUGACUCGAGUAUCACGAAAAGAAUUUGACAUAGUAUUUGUUGAUUAUGGUUACCAGCAAAGAGUUUUAAUUAAAGAUCUUUGUGCUAUUAACCCACAUUUUCUUAUGUUAGAAAGCCAAGCCUUCAGAUGUAGUCUUAAUCAUUUAGUUGAACCCAUUAGUUGUAAAUCAUUCAGUUGGACAAGAGAAGCAUGCAGAGACUUUGGGAAUUUUAUUUCUUCAUCUAAAGGAUUGACUUGCACCAUUUAUGCCUUAGUUCUUACACAUCCAAACUCUUUAUGUCACUUAGUGGAUUUGCAAUCUCCACUUACUAGUGCAAAAGAAUUUCUUAUGAAUCAUGGCUCUGCACAGUAUACUACAUUAUCAAAGCCAUUCCCAUCUUCAGUUAGUCUUUACAGUUACUGUUAUUCUUCCUUUAACAUAAAAAUUGGAAGUGAGGAAGAAAUAUACAUAUCUCACAUAUAUAGUCCCAGAAGGUUUUAUUGCCAACUUAGUAGAAAUAAUAAAGACCUGGAGAUGAUAGAAACAAAAAUCACAGAGAUUAGUAAUCUCAAAAAUUGUCCAAAAUAUGAUCCUAGUAAAAUGAGACUGUGCAUAUCUAAGUAUGUAGAGGAUGGUCUCUUUUAUCGAGCUUUAACAAUGCCAACAGAUUCAUUAACUGACUUUCUGGUCUAUUUUGUGGACUUUGGAAAUAAGCAAUUAGUAGAAGGAAGUACAUUGAAGGCUAUUUCAGAUCAGUUUCCAGAGUUGCUGUUCACACCUAUGCAAGCUAUUAAGUGUUUUUUGUCAGAUCUUAGAGAUGUAGAUGUUCCAGCAGAAAUCAAUAGCUGGUUUAAAGAUAAUUUUUUGGGAAAACGAUUAAGGGCAAUAAUAUUGUCCAGGGAGUCAGAUGGCCAGCUUGGUGUAGAAUUAUAUGAUGGAUAUCAACAUAUAAAUCAGAAAAUUAAAAUGUUGCUUCAUGCUUAUGGAAAAAAACAUUGUGAUCAAGCACGCUGUGUGGAAAAGGGUCAUAAAAUAAGUGAGAAUAAGAGACUUACUAUUUUUUUGAAAGGCAAAACAGAAAACCACUAUCCCAAUAAUAUAAAUAAGACUCAUGUAGUAACAUAUUCUGAAAGCAAAACAGAUCAGUUAAUGAAUCCCAGAAGUACAUAUGCCAAGCUUUUGAAACCAUCGGCCUGUUUUAAAAUUGAACCUGUGUCAAAAAACAAAGUGAAGUCUUUGAGUGAUGGAUUCAAAAAUAAAGGUGUAAAAAUUGUCCCUGGAUCCGCACAUACUCUUGAUGAAAAUGAUGUGGGCCAGAAAUCAGUAAGGGUUGUAUCACCAUCUUUUAUCCAAGAAUUAAAUCAAGCAGACUUUCAAAACCCAUAUAAUCUUACUAGACCACAGAUCAAGGAUCUUCCUCAACCCAAAAUUUACUUGAAUGCCAAAGUUAAAGGAUAUGUUUCUAGUGUCAAUAAUCCAGCAAGUUUCCAUAUUCAGCUUGUUGAUAAUGAAAAUGUAAUCAUCAGACUUGCAGAUGCUCUAAAUGAAAGAAGAACAAAGAUAGUGAAAGAGAGAAAAUCAGUUAAGCCUGUGGUGGGAGACCUUGUAGUUGCCGAACACUCUGGUGACCAUGCCAUUUACAGAGCAGUCAUUAAGAAAAAUUUGCCAGGAAAUUCUUUUGAAGUGGAAUUUAUUGACUAUGGUAACACUGCGGUAAUAAGCACAUCAAAAAUUUAUGAAUUUCAGAGGGAAUUCUUAACAAUUCCUCAGCUAGGAAUCCAUUCUUUUCUUAGUGGAGUCAAGUGGAAUGAGCCUGAUGAAAUAUGGGACAGUAAAACUGUGGAUUAUUUUGCAUCAAGAGUAAGUAACAAAACAGUUGCAUGUGAAUUUUUGAAAAAGCAUGAGCAGAAAUGGGAAGUAAAUAUCAUUUGUGAUGGAACAUCUGUUAUUAAUGAACUACUGAAAUGGACAGCAUGUUCAAAACUUCAGCAAACAGGAUUGCAGAUGCCAGCGGUUUUCUCUCAAAAAGUGAGUUCUGGUGAGGAUAAUGAAAUUAAGAAAGGAAGAUCAAAUGAAUAUGAAGGUUCUAUGAUCCUUCAACCACCCUACCAACAGCUGGGUAAUAUUCCUUUUGAAGAGUUAAAACCUGGCCAACUGGAAAAGGCUGAAAUACUUUAUGUCUCAAAAAGUGGGACAUUUUAUGUGAAGUUAUCAAAAAAUAAAAAAAUCUUAUCAGAUUUAACAGUAUUAAUCACUAAAGAAGUAAAAAAACCUUUAUCAAUGGGAACUAUUAAAAAAGGCCUAGAGUGCUUGGCAAAAUCUAAAAAAACCUUGAAAUGGUAUCGAUCAAAAGUAGAAAAGAAGUGUGUUGAUGAUAAAGUGCUUGUUUUUUUAGUAGAUCGUGGUAGGUAUGAAAUAGUACCUUUAGGUAAUACCAAGGUGCUUAGUAAUAAAAUAAGAAAUAUUCCAAGACAAGCUGUGGCUUGUAAAUGGAUUUGGUUUGAAAAUUUUAGAAACAGGUCAUUUGAGUCUAUUGUGUGUUUAUUUGGUCAUCUGGAAAUAAAUAUUCUUUUCCUGAAAUAUUUAGACUCUGUGUGGGAAGUAGACAUUUUGGUAGAUGGCCUGUUACUUUUUGAAUAUUUAAAUUUAAAUACAGUUCGUGUUGAAAACAAACUUAGAUCUUCAGAAACGAUUUUUAAUAUGGAAUCUAAGUCUCCUGUGUCAUGUACAAUAAGAUCAUAUACUUGGGCCCAACUCCAAAAUGGAAAGCAGUAUUCUGGUAUUGCCACUGCUAUUUCUGAUCCAUCAGAUUUCUGUGUUCAGUUAGAAGAUUUCUUUGACACAAUGAAAUCUCUCUUUGUGUUGCUUUCUGAUCUACCAGAAAACUUACAAACAGUGCCUCAAGAGUGCAUAUUUCCUGGUGCUAGUUGUUUGUUCAAAUAUGAACUGGAAGAUCAGUGGAAUCGAGUAGAAAUUUCUGAAGUCUCUAAUCAGUCUUUACUACUUGUGUUGAUUGACUAUGGAUUUUCUGUUUACAUACCUUAUUCAGAUACAAAAAAUCUCAAAGUUGUUCCUGUGGAACUUCUGAAUUUACCAAGGUUAAGUUAUCCUUGUAUCUUAGGUGGUAUCUUACCUGCUAAGGGGAAGCAUUGGAGUGAAGAAGCCAAAAGCUUUUUUCAAGAUCAGCUAAGUAAACCAGGCUUAGUUUUUCAGUUGAGGAGGUAUAAUUUUGAAACAAAACUGGAAGUAGAUGUCAUUCAUGAGAAAAACAGUUUGGCAGAUAUGUUGGUUGUAUCUGGUUUUGCAGUAUAUUCUAAAGAUUCAGAUCAUCUUAAUGAUGGAGUUAGUACUAGUGGAUCUACUGAAAUCCAGUAUCAAUUACAGAGUAAGCCUGUUUUCCCAUUGUUAGAUCAAAAUUGUUACAAAAGAGAAAAUACAAGCUGUAUAUGCACUGAGAAACAAAAACUAAAAGAGAAAACCGUAAAGAAAGAGGUCUAUAAGAACUUAAGGAAAAGCAAUAUCAGUAUGCGAUUAUAUUCUAGAAAUUUAACUCUGAGGAAGGCUGACAUUGGAAAACAUAAUCCCCGAAGUACCAUCACAUUUGAUACAUGUACAGCAGCUUCAUUUUGGGAACUACUGAAUGAUUUGAAGAAUAACACUAAUUUCAUUGAAAACAUUUUUGAAAAACUACCAACUGAAGAAAUACAAGAAAAUAACACAGUGGAUUUGAGAACAAGGAUAAAAGCACUGCGUGUUAAUGAAAAAAUUAUAUCUGAGGAACACUUAAAAGUGAAGGGAGAUGAAAGCUCAGAUCCUCUAUGUAUCAGUUUGGCAACAAAUAAUACAUAGGAUACCGAAUAAUUACUGUUUUGUUGUAGAUGCUCCAAAUAUAUAAUAAAAGUGGUCUUCAGAUCAAGAGGAUUGUCCUUGGGGAACUACUUCUGGGAGCCUAAUCUACACUUGGACCUGAUUUAGAUGAUGAGGUUAUCUUGGGAUGCUUUCUCUUGGAAUCCAGCCAUCAUUCUGUGAAGAAGUACAAGCAGGCUUUAGAGAAGCUCACAAAGGUGAAGAACCUAGGCACCUGGUCCACAGCCCUGGUUGAGCUCCAAUCGACAGCUAACACCAACUUGCCAGUCAUGCAUCACGAGAUGGUAUCUGACCAUGUAGAAUAGAGGGAAAAGAGCAGAAGAGAUCCAAUGAGAGAAAAACAAAGACAGAAGCAAAGAAAGAAAAUGAAUUUAACCAUAUUUUGAUGAAACAGAGGAUGCCGUGUCUUCAAAAGUGCAGUAUGGUUAAGUGGAAAGGGAAUGACUUUGGACUCAGAUAACUCCACCUUUGAGGAUUGACUCCACUGGCUAGCCCCGUGAUCCCAGACACUCCAUGGUCCUCACACCUUUUCCAGGAGACCAAGAUGUGGCAAUUCAAAGGUAAAUGUGUUUUUGUCACAAAGAAUCUCUGAGACUAAGCAGACACAAAGAGGAAUCCAAAAGAGGUAGCACCUUUAAAUGUGUUUUUGUUCUUGUUCCCACCAUAUUGUAUUCCUCUAUUAAUUGUUUCUCCUUUCCUACAUACUCUUCCAGAAUUCUGCAUGCUCUUGGGCAUGGGGACGGUUGUAGAGGCUCAAAUCCAGACCUGGGAAUGUGAAAAAGACUAGGUGGACAAUGUAUGCAUCAGUGGCUGACUGGGGAAUGGAUGUAUGGGGCAUAAACUUUCUCUUGAGAAUUUUCUUUGUUAAAGCUAUAGUUUAUUCAGGGGAUUUUGUCACUUGUUCUACCAUUCCCAUGUUCUCCUAUGAAAUUCCUCUUUUUGAAUUUAUAUUCAAAUUAGGCAGUUUACAGAGCAGAGACUGGAUUAUCAGUCCGUUUUCUCUUGUCCCUUAUUUUCUAUACUUAUUCUCUUUACUAGUUGGCUAAGUGAAUGUAAAUAACUCAGUGGAGGAGUCAGAAAAGGCCCUCAAAUAUGGUGGUGACACAAGUCGAUAAGAACCAGGAGUCUGCCCGAUGAAAGCCAAGGGGACUGUGAGGUGAAUGGGAAUAUGCUUCCAUUGUAUUAAAUCACACAGAAUGAGAAAUUGGUAGUUUCUGUAGCUGGGUGUUGUUCAUUCUCCUAAAGAUACAGUUUGGAGUGUUGGGGUUUGGAGCUGAUUGCCAGGAAAAAAUUCUUGAGACGUCUUCAGUGUAGAAAGGUGGUUUUAUUAAGCACAGAGAGGAACCGUGGGAAGAAAGAGCUGUACUGGGGUUGUGAGGAGUGACUGAUUAUAAAAGAUUUUCUAUCCUAUGGAGAGGAGGGUGAUGUUGGGGCUCCAGGGUACUGAGUCUAUAGGUUUCUGGAGGUUGUUCUUUUCUUGUAAAUCAUUCAGACAGUUGCAAACUGAUGGAGACUCCUGUCCUUCAUGACUGUGAUCUUUAUCAUAUAACCAUUUGUUUUUCCCUUUCCUUUGUUCUUGGGCUGCCAGGACUUUUGAGGAAUGUCACACCUAUCCUACCUGGGGAGUGGGGGUGUCUGGAAGGGUUGUUAGCUUGUGCUUUGCCCUCAGCUUGCCUUUUCUCCCUCAUCAUUAGUAUACUUUAUAAAGUGAUGAGAAUAAAUCCAUAGGACUUUGCUAAAUAUCAUACGAUGCUCAUCACUAGGCUAGAUAGUUGAAUGAAAUCUUCAAGGAACUCAAUCUGGGAUUGAGUCUUUGGCUUUGUUGCUGUGAGUGCAGAGGGUACAGGACUGUAAGCUUCUGUGGUUAAUGAGGUUGUCAUUUAUCUCCAAAUUACCUGAAGAAUCCAGGCUGUGGUGUUCUGAAUAUAAAAUGUAAUCCUUCUUAGGUAUAAGGGUUUGGCAGCCUUGCCUUCCAGAAAUAAGUCUUAUUCUAGGAGAUUUUUUUGUGUUUUUUUGGUCUGUUUGUUUGUUUGUUUGUUUAAUAUCAGCACUCUUCAACACUGCCCAAGGUGAUCAGGUACUAAGGUUGUGGACAUGGCCUCCAGAUCAUUAAACCACAAGUUUCACAACAUAAAUAAUCUGAAUUCAAUAUAUGUAAUGCCCUAAGAGAUAAAUGACUGUGAAAUCCCAUGCGUAUGGUUCUUCAGAUGUCACUCCGGGGGCAAGCCACCUCACAUGGAAAGAUAUCUGCCCUAAGUGAUUAAGCUGGAAUUUAAUUUUACUUAAAUAUGUGAACACUUUUAAUAAGGCUCUGGAGGUAUUAUGAAGUUUGCAGAAUCUUUAUAUUUGAAAAAUGUUUUAUUUUGCUUGAUAACAUGCAGAAAAGCCCUUAUUGUGAUUAGCAUUUGAAUAGGAGGAUCAUCUUAAUACUCUUGUUAUUAAUAUGACAGAUUUUAUUUUCCCAAAGGUGACAAUUGAACCCAGUUCUCAGAUCAGUUAAUCCAUGUAUUUAUGAGAAUUGAACUUUUCUACCUUGUAAUUUGGUUCUGGAGUACAUUGGAUUUCCUUCUGCCCUGUGGGGUUCAUGCAUCAAUUUAAAUACCUAAGUUAUUGGCCUACUUUUUUGCCUAAUAUGAAAACAGGUUUUUUCUCUGAGUUUUAAUGGUUGUCUACAUGUUUUAUGCUGGUAGCAGUCUGUAUUGUCAUUUGUAGGCUCUUGAACCUCUGUGAGGUUGCAUCUGCUUCUGAGACACAUGUUUUGGUUGCUUUAAGGACAUUUAUAAUGAAUGGUGGUACUUCAGCACUUGCUGAUGCCUUUUGCAUGGAAGUGGGAAGUAAAGGUAGGGAGAAAAGGAAGAUGAAACAAUUUUUCUUUUUUUUUUUUACAUGCUCCUCUUUUUACUUAUCUGUAGUAUUAGAACCCUCAAUUCCCUCUCUGUAAAUCAAUCACUGUUUUCUUCUCCUUGCUAAGAGUUGCCCCGCUUGUUUUUGUGGUCCUCAACUUGCUUCUUGCAUUGAUCCCUUGUGACCAUAUUCCCGAGAAGUUAUGGAAAGUCAAGUCUAUGGUUCCUGAGUCUGCAUUGUGUGUUACUGCUCGGUGUGUUUGGCUCUCUGAAAAACCACCUUCCUAUAUGUGACUAUAAGUUUUGUUUAGAAGCUGCAGGUAAUGUGCACCCACCUUUGGGUACAGCAAGAGCAUAUAAAUUCUGAUUUCAAGUUUGUGUCAGAAAUAGGUCUGGGCAGAAAGUAAGGUUCUGAAAAAUUCCAAGAUAUCUCUCUCAUUGCCAGCUAUUUUUGCCUUGGCCAUUUAUCUAGGCCAGCUCCCACUUAAGUUCAUUACGCCUAACCACCGUCUCCUCUCCAGUAAGCUACCAAGAGCCCCACAUUUGGUUCCCCUGACUUCUCCAGCCUGUGUUGCAGCCUGUCUUCUGUUUGUGGUAAUAUAGUUACUGCCCCCAAAUGCUCUCACUCUUUUCUCUUUUAGGACUGUUCUUUAAAUUCUUUGUCUUCUCUUGGUUGGUCUGGAUCUCAUUCCAUUCUUCAAAGCUCAAGUCAAGUCCCACCUUUUCCAAACCAGGGUAGAAAUCUCCCUAAACUUCCUGAUAGCUUGUUCCCAGUUACUCUUUGGACACUUCUAGGAAUACAAAACCACAACACUUCCAAGAUAAAGUCAUCUUACCUUGGUGUAUCAUAUAUGGAGUAUAUUGUUAAGAACCAAUUAUACUAUGGUAUUCAGAUAUUUGCAAGAUGAGUAUGGAGAUGAAAUUAAUUAUGUACUAGCAAAUCUGGAUUCUAAUCCCUUUAUAGUCACUAACCAGAUGUAUGACCUUGGGAAACUUAAUUUUUCUCUUUGCAUUCCAGUUUUACUUUUCUGCAAAAAGAUAAUACUAUGUGAGUGAACUGAUUCUCAUAUAAAGUUGCUAUCAGAAAACUUCACUUUGUAAAAUUUUAGAAUAGUGGCAUUUCAUAUUAACCAGAUUUUGUAUAAAAAUUACAGUAUAUCCUCUAACUUUGGUAAACAUAAUAAUUUGUAGUUGAUGCAAAUUAAAAAAAAAGUGGAUAUGAUUCUUAAGCAGGUGUCUGUAAAUUACACUUGAAAAUCAGUCUCAUUAUUUUAGAAUCCCACUGGUGGGGUUUUGGGGUGAUGGUGGGGGUUCAGAGCUGAUGGCCAAGAAAGAAUUCUUAAAUCUUUGGUGAAAAAAAAGUGAUUUUAUUGAAGCAUGGGGACAGGACCCAUGGGCAUAAAAAUCUGCACUGUGGUUGUGAAGAGUGACUGAUUAUAUACCUUCAGGUUGGGAGGGGGUUGGGGACAGCAUAAAUCUCUAAGGAAUUUUGGAAGCCAGAUUCCUAGGACCUUGAGGGUUUUGCUGUUAGGAAAACAUCAUUUAUUACUGUUUAGUAAAACCUCAGUCAUGAGACCCUUCAGAGAUAUGUCAGGGGCCACAUGCUUGGAGCAUAAUUGUCAGCAUAUGCUUGGGGCUUAAAGAUAAAGGAGGUUUGUAAAGGAAUUUUUAUGUGUUUAAGGAGACUCACAGGUCCUGUUGAGGGGGGAGGUGGUCAAGAUAAUGUUAAGGCAAGAUUCCCUUUUGCCUCUUGCAAAGAAUCAUCAUUGAGGCAGCUGAGCUCCUACAGGAAGGUCACUCUGCCUGUUUCAAGGCCUUGUCAAUGGGCUGUAGACAGUAAGGAAACUUACUUUUUCAUUCGCCUUUGUUCCCAUAUCACCACAGCAAGCACUUAAAUCCCCUUUCAUCUUGAUGAGGGUGAUAUUAGGGCUCCAGAAUAUGGAGUCUAUAAGUUUCUGGAGAUCAGGCUAUGGACAAGAUUGCCUUUUUCAUGCAGGUUACUAAGUUAUCCAUAAACUGAAGGAAACUCCUGUCCCACAUGACUGUGAUCUCCAUCAGUCAACCAUUUGUCUUUCUUUCCUUUCCUUUGUUCUUUGGCAGCCAGGGGUGUCCAAGGAAUAUCACACAUAUGCCACCUUGGGGGUAGAUGGGUGCUGUUAGCUGGUACUUUGCCCUCAGCUUGCUUAUGCUCCCUCACCACCAUGUAUUCAUCCUUUAAAUAUAUGGUGGCACUUUUCCUAUGAUUCUGACAGCAAACAUCUUUUUUUUCUCCUCGCAUACUUUUUUCAACAAAGUUUCCUGCCACACCUGUAUAUAAAAUGAAAAUACAUCUUAAUAUAAAAUUUAGAAGAAAACUUGUAUUGGAAUAAAUAGUGCAAAGUUUAUAUGGGUGCUAGGUUGGCAGAUCAGCGCUUUUCCAAAGGAAAUGAUGAUGGCAUUCCAUCCAGAUCUCACAGAGAAGUACUGGUCCUAUUGAGAACUCCUGCUACUUAGAAUAUUUCAGAAUUUGCAAGUGGGUGGCUGCACUCCUCAGUCUCUCUGAGGUUUGUUAUGUCUUCUGAGAAGUGAGAAGCAAGAGCAUUGGUUCAGGAAUGAUAGCUGAGUGAAGGAGUGGAAAGUAUUUACAGUAAAGAGUUGAUAAAGUGACCCUUCCAAACAGCUAGCAGCAAUUCUGUUGGGUCCUUGGACAAGUAGGUAGGUCUGGCUUUUAAAUAUUAAAAGAAGAGGGGAUUCUUUCCUCUGGGCUGGUGUGAAGGGAGAGCAAAACAGCUCUGCUAAGGCAGUAGAGGUAGGAUCACAGCUUACAGCUGACAGUGACUGCUAACAGGCUGCAGCUUUUGUCACGUCACACUGCCAGCAUCCACCCUAUUGCUGACAAAGACAUUGACCUUUGGUAGACUUGAUUCACUAAAAUAAUGAGAGGCCAGAAGAAAAUGCAUUUGCAUAAUGUAAAGAGUGUGUGUGUUACUGCCGAGGAAGAAUGUCAUGUAUAAUAAAAAUGCUAAGCAUUCUGUCCUCCCCAACUAAAUGCAUAACCCUAGGGUCAGUGACAACCAAAGUACAAACCCUCAGAGCAUAAUUUGGAUGCAGAUCUGGUGGAGUUUUCCGUCUUUUUAGGCAUCUCUGAAGCCCUCCUUUGUACGGAGGAGGGCAUACAAUAGAUAUGGUGGAAAGGGUUUAGAGUGAGAAGGCAAAUUCUACUUUUACACUUGCUUAUUAUGACCCUUAGCAUAAGUCAUUUAUUAUUUCUAAGCCUCAGCAACUAAUGCAUAAAAUGAGGAUAGUGUUGUAUGUGGGGUGAAUAAUGUAACAAUAAAACAAUUUUUAAAUUAUGUGCAGAUUUUAAAAAUCAUUAAUAUCUCAUAAUCAAACAUUAAUUUUAAUUGGGGUUCUCUAGGAAACAGGCGCAAACAAAGGUUUAAAUGUUCAAGGUUUUUACUAGUGAACAUGCCUAUGUCAAAGAAAAAGGGAAGGAGAUGAGGGAAGCUGGGGGAACAGAAUACCCUGAUGCAAGUGUGACCCUGAGUGAAGGAGACAGAAAGGAAGUUUGGGUGAAUGUAUCAUAGAUUGUUGUGCAGUUUAAGGUUUGGCAAGGCCAUAUGUGUCUUCAAGCUAAAGAUGACUAUCAGGGGAGCUGCAUGUUUCCUGCCAAUGGUGUGCCUUCAUAUCGGCCAAACUCUCAUUGGCUGGAGGAGGCAUGACUUUGGUGCAAAGACAGUGAUGGGUACCAAAUUGCAACAGUUGUUUCAGUUGUAUUCUCUAUGGGUGGGUGUCUGAGAGCAGUCUCGUGACUAUCACAUUUAUUUACACUGAAAGAAGUUUUCCUAGAAGAAGAAUAGACAUGGAUGAAAGAAGGAAUCAGCCAUGAAGAGAUGUGGGACACAGGUUAUAGGCAGAAGGAACAGCUAUUAUAAAGGUUCCAGGACUAAAUGACCCCUCACAUGUUCAAUGAGACUAUUAUGGAUGGAACACAGCAAGGGAAGGGAGAGUUGUAGGAGGGGAUGUCUGAGAAGUAGCCAGAGCAGAUAAUGUAAGGCCUAAUAGGUCAUGUGAAGAGUUUCAAUUUUUUAGCAUAAAAUGCAAAACUACUGGAGUGUUUUUUUAAUUAAAAAGAUUUAUUUUUUUGAGUGUACUCGACACACAAUGUUUCAUUACUUUCAGGUGUAUAACUAGUGAUUUGACAAGCUUAUAUAGUAUGCUUUGUUCACUAUAAGUAUAGCUACCAUCUGUCCCAUUACAUUGCUAUUUAAAAUAUCACUGACUGUAUUCCUUAUGGUCUGCUUUUUAUACCCGUGGCUUAUUUAUGCCAUAACUGGAGGCCUGUAUCUCCCUCCCUCCUUCACCUGGUUUCCCAGUCCCCCACCCCUGUCCCCUCUGACAACCAUCAGUUUGUUCACUGUAUUUAUAGUUUGAUUCUAUUUUUUGUGUAUUCAUUUUUCUAGAUUACAUUUUUGAAUAGAAUCAUGGUAUUUGGCUUUCUCAGUCUGACUUAUUUCACUUAGCAUAAUACCCUCCAGUUCUAUUCUCACCUGGCACCAUCUCAUCAUUUUUAUGGAUGUGUAGUAUUCCAGUGUGUGUAUAUGUGUGUGUGUGUGUGUGUGUGUGUGUGUGUGUGUGUGUAUUCCAUUCAUCUGUUGAAA